GACGUCACGACCCCGUCGCAGGCUGGGCGGAAGUUGCGUGACCAGCGGGCUGUCAUCGGAGCUGCUAACCGCCUGCUGCUCGCACAAAACAAGUGAAAUUCAUCAUUAAAAGCGUCGCAAAGUGCCAGUGAGACCAGCUCCUCCGGGAAUAUGGAGGACGACGUGCUGACGACUCUGAAGCUGUUGAUAAUUGGCGAAAGCGGAGUGGGAAAGUCCAGUCUCCUCCUGAGGUUUACUGAAGACACCUUUGACCCAGAGCAGUCUGCGACAAUAGGUGUGGAUUUCAAAGUAAAGACACUCGCAAUAGAUGGGAACAAAGCAAAACUCGCCAUAUGGGACACAGCCGGACAGGAAAGGUUUCGCACCCUGACACCCAGCUACUACCGCGGUGCACAGGGAGUCAUACUCGUAUAUGACGUCACAAAGCGUGAGACUUUCACCAAGCUUGAAAAUUGGCUGAAUGAACUGGAAACCUACACCACACGCAACGACAUUGUAAAGAUGCUUGUUGGGAACAAAAUCGAUCGUGACGACCAUGAAGUGGACAGAAAUGAGGGGCUGAAAUUUGCUCGGAAACACUCCAUGCUUUUUAUUGAGGCCAGUGCAAAGACCAAAGAUGGCGUCCAGUGUGCCUUUGAGGAGCUUGUGGAGAAGAUCCUCCAGACUCCGGGGCUUUGGGAGAGUGAAAACCAGGGUCAGAGGGUCCGUCUGGGGGACCAGGAGCCGGGCGGUGGCAGGGCAUGUGGAGGUUACUGUUCCAUACCCUGAAACUGGACAGAAGGAAAAAAAGCACCAAAGUGAUAGGAAUGACUACAAACCACAAACAUAGAGUAAGGGGGGGGGGGUGAAGGAAAUGGAUCAAUACUUUCUUCACUUUAAAAAAAGUUUAUUGUUGGGAGUAGUUUUGUCCGACGAAAGGACUUUGCCGUUUGCACACUUCCUUUUCAAUCAUCAUCUGUCACUACUUUCUGUUUAAAACAUGAAUGAAAGGAUAAUGCAAAAAUAACCUCUCGCCCGAAGGAAGUAUGGUGUUUUAAAUUUACAUGACAACGCCACGUGUACGUCAUACGAGUAUGUGUCUGGUUUGAAUUUAGCUUAUUGGCAGCAGUGAUUCUGUUGUGCAUUAAGGCAUCAGGUUAAUAGCGUAGUGCCUAUUACAUGAACCAAUUUGUAGGUUGCAGUACACAUGUUUUCAAAUUUUACCCCAAAUAGUUCAUUAAAAUCGAGACAGAAGUCCCCUGAAGAGCGCCGCUUAUACUUAGUGAGCUCUACAUGUCUGAAUUUAGCUGCCGAGUUACAGUUAAAAUAUUCUAAAAGACAUAUAUUUGUCAGCAUUAUUACAUAAAUAACACAUCACUUGGGUUUCGGAUGGCGAUGGAAGAGGCUUGUUUUCAUGUGUGAGUUUGAGUGAUCUGUCAUAAUGCACCACAACACUGUGAAUGCUCCCGAAUAAGACCUUUCACAAUGGACCCCGGUUACUGAUGCCACUUUAUUUGUACUCUUAAUCCAGUCCGUGCUUCAGUACAUAUAGAGGCUUUCAAAUGAACCCAUUUCCUGUUUUUUUCUCUUUCUCUUUACAUUGAAAGAUCCAAGACGAGUAGUCGACUUGGAUCUUUUUGGAUUUCUUGCAACUAAACUUCAUUUACUUUGCAUUCAUGACCUGCACGAUAAUUUCCACGAGUACAAAUGUAACGUUUACAGUAAUAGAGCUCUUGCAUUCAAAUAUAUUUUGUUGCCUAUCUGAUCUGGCAAAAUGGCAAGUUUGUACAUUUAGUCUCAGCUUUGCUCUCUUAAGCUUGUUUUCUUCCCAUUUAUUUAUCAGUUUCUGUGUGGUGCUGUGGUCCAUGUGAUGUCCCACUCACUUAUUGAAGGCAUUUCUCACACAUUAUAGUAUGAGAGCAUUCCUAAGAGCUUCCUGUCCACAGUAAAGUAUUGAUUUGAUGUAUUGUUGCUAUUUGUUUGAAUUCCUUUUUCUUGUUUGAAAUCAUGUCAACCUUUUUAUUCCCGUUCUUCUUCCUGUUGCGUUUGCUGUACGCCUACUUGAAUCAUAUUCAGCAACAUGUUAAAUUGAUAUCUGCCUUAACAUUGAAUGACAUGUUCUGGACUUAUGGUCCAGUGAGGGUUGUAUUGUUUCCAACUGAAAUAAAUGACAACUUCAAGA